UCAACAUUCGCUACGUGUUGAAUGAUAUCUCCACGACCAGAGAGUCUCUUGAGUAGCGGCAACAUUUUGCAAAUGACAACCAGCAUUAAGACUUCACCCAGUCCUAGGAGGACGAUCAGGAUACGAUCUAUUUUGACGUCACCCAGCCGUAUUAGCCAUAUAUAAUACACAGCAACAACUGAGGACAUUGUCUGUGCAGGUAAUGAGGGUUGAAACUAAAAGCAUGACUUCAGAAGCGUCGGACAUCAUGCACUUGGCGGAGGACAGCGAUGCCGAAGAGCUCGACAGUUGGGAAGAAGGUCGAGAUUUUGACUUGGAACGCAAAAAGGACAAGCUGAUUCGACGCAUCAUUAAACUAGUUGGAUCUGACGAAGAAAAAAGACCACUAAAUGUGGCUGUCAUUGUGCACCACAACUGGUCAAUGGCAGUGGUAUGUGCUGAAUAGGGGUAACUUCGGACUUUGGUAACUUCGGACCCGAGUAAUCUCGGCCCCAGGUAAUCUCGGACCCCAUCGGCUUAGUUAAGAGGAAUUCCGAUGACAUUUUUCUACUGGUCUCGACGGCGCAGUGCCUAAGCAAACGUCGGUCUUACAAGGAUGGCAGGUACAGCCCAGAGUCCGAUGGGCGUGGGGAAGUCGUCGUUCAUCAAUACCACAGCCGCUGCGUUGUCAGGGGACCGGUGGAGGGAAUAUGCCUACACUGGAUCGCACGGCGGAGACGGCUCCCAAAUAACUGUCUUUACCAACAGCUAUCCUAAAUGCUGUAUGGCAGAGAAUACCAAAUUCAUCCAGGUUGCUCUGCCAACCUUCAUCGACAUCGCAGGUUUCAGCGAUGAAGACAAUGACAAAUGGGUGGAGCUUCUCAAAAUUGUGUUUUAUGGUCGCCUGCCCGAAGGAGAGUCUUUGGCUGAAGCAGAACAUUAUUACAGGGAUAAUGGGAUGAAGGGGUUGAUGGAGAAGUAUAGCAGUAAUGAUGAGAAGCUCAAGGUCGACAGGAUCAUCUUUGUGUCGGCUGCUAAAAAUCAGGUUCCUGUCAACCUAAUUAAAGCCGUCAUACGCGCUGCACGGCCCUUAGGCACCAAAGAAAACCCUAUGAAACGAACCAUUCCAAUAUAUGGAGUCAUGACUAAAGCAGACAAGGUUGGAGGUCCAGAAUUAUCACAGUCGGAGUAUGACGAGACUGAAAAGGCAUUUAUAGAGGCUCUUGGUCUGCAGGGUUCCCGACAUCGUUUCCUCUUGUGCCAGAACUACUGUGAUGAUGUCGACGUGGAUAAGAAAAGAACGGAGACCCUGCUGCCUGCCCUUGACAUACCUGUCCUGCAGUUCAUGAUCCAAGUGUGUGAUCCAGUGAUCCGAGUCAUCAACGAGGGUGAGGCGUACUCCAGCACUCGACCCACAGAGGCAGGACAGCACCAACUGGAUGAGAGGACAGAUACCCGCCGUGGCGCUGUUGUUGACUCCUCGUCUGAUGCCGCUAGAUUUGCUCCAAGAUCUCCCCUGAUGUCCUUUCUCCGUGAGAUGGGUCUGUCGGACACCUACAUCAGUCUCCUGGUGAUUGCCGUGGAAGCCAUCCUCGUUGCCUUUCUUCUGAACCUUAUUCUUAGACCCUCACUGGACACCGGGAAGCUCAAAGUGGCGUGUAGCUAUGCCAGAGACAGACAAGAGUUGAAGGUUUUCGAAGACAUCUGCAACAGCCUUGACACUACGUUUGGCGCUCGAUUCUUCACCAUGUUGCUGUUAUUUGCACUGAUACUACUGAGGAUUGGUGUCACUCUUUUCUUUAAGAGAUUCUACCGACAAGACGGUGGAACAGAUCAGACGUAUGGCGCUAAUCAGUAACUAAUAAACAUGCUCAGCAGACACAUUAAACACAUUUCAUCUGAUGUUUCGUGACUCGUAUGACGGCCAUUCUGCAGAACGCCACGAUUGUUCGCGUUUAGUCUCUACAUGUCCGAACCUGUCCUAGCAGCACUGGGAAAUUGACCGCCCCACUCUAAGAAAACUAGG